AUGGUUGGUCCUAUUUAUAUGUAUUAUCGUCUCACCAACUUUUAUCAAAAUCAUCGACUUUAUAUCAAAAAUUUGGAUACUAGUCAACUUUUAGGUGAAGCUUCUUCAGGUUCAACUUUCCAUACCAAUUGUGAUCCUUUAGCAAGUAAUGAUGAUGGACUUUUGAUAUAUCCUUGUGGUUUGAUUGCCAAUUCUAUGUUCAAUGAUACGGCAUCCAAUUUGACAUUAAUUAGCAAUAAUGAUAACUCACAGCAACAACAAUACAAUUUUAGUACAUCCAACAUUGCAUGGCCUACCGAUAAACAAAAGUAUAAACCAACUCAAUAUAAAAUUUCACAAAUUGUUCCUCCUCCCAAUUGGGCUAAACGAUAUCCAAAUGGAAGAUAUGAUGAUCAACACCCUCCACCUGAUUUAUCAACUAUGGAACGAUUUAUGGUUUGGAUGCAUGUAGCAGCUUUACCUGAUUUUCGAAAAUUCUGGGCUAGAAAUGAUAAUGAUGAUUUAAUAGCUGGUCGUUGGCGUAUUAUGAUUGAUAUGAAUUUUGAUACAUUACAAUAUGAUGGAACAAAAUGGUUAGUACUUUCAACAACUACUUCUCUUGGUGGACGAAAUCCUUACUUGGGUAUUGCUUACUUGUCCAUUGGUGCUUUAUGCUUGUUAUUAGGACUUAUCUUUACUAUUAGACAUCUCAUUAAACCAAGAAAAUUGGGUGAUCCAGCUUACUUAUCUUGGAAUCAACCUGGUGUGGAGGGACUUCAAAGUUAUUGUAUUUCAGGAUUCAAACCAAAACCGGGAACCGACUACCAGUUGGACUUGUCAAGACUGAAUAAAGAAUUUCUUAUCUCUACAGAGAUCGCGACUCAUCCAAGCAGUACACAGAUACGGACCCAGAUCAACAUUUGUGAUGCAUUACCUGAUCAAGGAGGUGGCGAUCCUGACAAGUGUGAUACUGGAGCAUAUGUGUGUAGACGUGAAGUAUAUGUCAAAAAUGGUGUGGAAUUUGUUGCUGUGGUGCAAAAUAUUGCUGGUGAAUUCAAAGGCUCCAAUUUCAAACCUGAAUUCAAAAUACUAGGAUCUGACGAGGAUUUAUCCAAAAAUGGCGUACAAUAUGCGUUAACACUGAAUGGUGGACAGGAAUUGGGACAACCACAAUCAGCAAGUAUUACUUUAGAAUGUGAUAAUUCACAAGAUAGAAACGUAAGUGAAUAG